AUGGGGGCUUCCACACCACCUCCCGAAAGCCCGCGGGCCUCCCGGCCGAGUAACGUCGGCGACACGGCCCGGACACGGGACAGCAGCGCGACGCGAGUCGGUCCGAGCUUCGACGCCGAGAAAGCCCAGUACCCGCUCGGAGAAGAGUCCGAGAACCGGUCCAACAACGGGGCUGCCUUCUUCCAAGACGGACCAGGCCGGGAUGAGGAGACCGAAGGAACCCGGGGCCACGGCGACCUGACGGCGGCGAGCAGCAGCCGGAAACAGCCCGAGUACACCGCCGACGGGAAGCGUGUCAUGACCGAGGACGAGUGCUACCACCUGCUCGGCUACUCUUGGCCGGCGCGGAAGAAGUGGAUGCUCCUCUCCUCCAUCUUCGCCGUCCAGGUCUCGAUGAACUUCAACACCAGCGUCUACCCGAGCGCCGUCACCCCGCUCAGCGAGGCGUUCCACAUCAGCGAGCAGGCCGCCCGUACGGGCCAGUGCGCCUUUCUCGUCCUCUACGCCUUCGGCUGCGAGCUCUGGGCGCCUUGGAGCGAGGAGUUUGGGCGAUGGAAGAUUUUGCAGUGCUCUCUGUUCUUGGUCAACAUGUGGCAGAUCCUCGCCGCGUUAGCUCCUAACUUUGGCAGCAUCGUCGUCGCCCGAGCACUGGGCGGUCUCAGCUCGGCCGGCGGCAGCGUCACCCUCGGCAUGGUCGCCGACCUCUACCAGCCCGAAGAACAGCAAUGGGCCGUCCUCUUCGUCGUCCUCUCGUCCGUGUUCGGCACAUCCGUCGGCCCCGUCGUGGGCGGCCCGAUCCAAAAGUUCCUCCCCUGGUACUGGAACUUUUGGAUCCAGCUCAUCUUCGGCGCCGUCGUCCAGUUCGUCCACUUCUUCAUGCCCGAGAGCCGCGCCACCAUCAUCAUGGACCGAGAGGCCAGGCGCCGCCGCAGAUCCGGCGAGGACACCAACAUCUACGGGCCCAACGAGGUCAAGAAGCCGCGUCUGUCCAUGCACGAGUUCGCCAUCACGUGGAUGCGCCCCUUUGAGAUGUUCGUCCGCGAGCCCAUCGUGCUGUCCUGCUCUCUGCUUUCGGGGUUCUCCGACGCCCUGAUCUUCACCUUCCAGGAGGGCUUCACUCCCGUCUUUAACAAGUGGGGGUUCGGAACCCUCCAGAAGGCCUGGGCCUUCAUCCCCAUCAACAUCGGCUACGUUCUGGCGUACAUCUCCUACGUACCCUGGAUCAUCAGAGACCACCGCGUCAUGAGGGCAAAGGGGCCCGACGCGCUGGCCCCCGAGCGUCGUCUGAAAUGGCUUCUGUAUCUCGCGCCCCUUGAGACGAUCGGCCUCUUCGGCUUCGCCUGGACGUCGAUGGGGCCGCCAGAGUCUCACUGGAUCGCACCCAUGAUCUUCUCGUGCCUGAUCGCCAUCGCCAACUUCGCCAUCUACAUGAGCACGGUGGACUACAUGAUCGCCGCCUACGGUCCGUACUCGGCCUCGGCCACCGGCGGCAACGGCUUCGCCCGGGACUUCCUCGCCGGCGUGGCCGCCAUGUACUCGACCCCCCUCUACGAGAACAUUGGCGACUCCCGCCACACCGAGUACGCGAGCACAGUUCUCGCUUGCCUCGCGUUCUUGGUCACGAUCCCGGUGUAUCUCAUCUACUGGAAGGGCCCCGUCAUCCGGGAGAGGUCCAAGUUCGCGCAGUCUCUCAGCGAGGAUCGACGCGCCAAGGGCGGCCGCCGCGUCGUUGCGGCUCCCGAGGAGCAGCUGGAGCCGAAAAAUAUCUGA